AAGCAGGGAGCCCGUGCGUUGUGUGAACCAGCGCAGUGCGUACCUGAGCUUCCACCUCUCGCCAUCGCUGUCGUCGGAUCACUCACUCAACACUUCAGCCUCCUUAAAACCUAGUGCCUGAUCCGCUGCACAACACAUUCUUCUUUCACACUUCCCCAUCCGCCGUCUCACGUAUUUCCUUUCAUCCUCGCAAUCAAGUCCGCGUUCGGGGCCCAACAACUGUAUUCGCAACAGAUCAUCACCACAUACUCAGACGCCUCAGAUCCAAACAUAACAAAUCAUCAUGUCGGGCGAGCCAGAUCACUCGACCAAGAAGAAGGUCAAUCUCGACAACGAUCCUUCUGGUGCUGAGCACCGAGAGCAUGACGAGACUGCAACGGCUAUCCUCAAGAAGAAGAAGAAGCCCAACUCGCUGAUAGUGACUGACGCCACCAACGAUGACAACUCCAUCAUCGCCUUGUCGAAUAACACCAUGGAGACGCUCCAGCUGUUCCGUGGCGACACAGUCCUGGUCAAGGGCAAGAAGCGACGGGACACCGUCUUAAUCGUGUUGGCAGACGAUGAUCUCGAUGACGGUAGUGCCCGUAUCAACCGUGUGGUCCGCAACAACCUUCGAGUCAAGCACGGCGACAUCAUCACGGUGCACCCGUGCCCGGACAUCAAAUACGCCAAGCGUAUCGCCGUCCUUCCAUAUGCCGACACCGUCGAGGGGUUGUCCGGAAAUCUCUUUGACGUAUUCCUUGCACCAUACUUCCGAGAAGCCUACCGGCCAGUACGCCAGGGCGACACCUUCACAGCCCGAGGUGGUAUGCGGCAAGUUGAAUUCAAGGUCGUCGAAGUCGACCCACCAGAAUAUGGCAUCGUCGCUCAAGACACAAUCAUACACUGUGAGGGCGAUCCUAUCGUUCGUGAAGAUGAAGAGGGCAAUCUCAACGACAUCGGCUAUGACGACAUUGGUGGCUGCCGCAAGCAGCUUGCACAGGUCCGUGAGUUGGUUGAAUUGCCACUGAGACAUCCACAACUGUUCAAGUCGAUUGGUAUCAAACCUCCUCGUGGUAUUCUCAUGUACGGCCCUCCUGGUACUGGUAAGACGCUAAUGGCUCGUGCUGUGGCCAACGAGACCGGUGCGUUCUUCUUCCUCAUCAACGGUCCCGAGAUCAUGUCCAAGAUGGCUGGCGAGUCUGAAUCAAACCUGCGCAAAGCAUUCGAGGAAGCCGAGAAGAACUCGCCUGCUAUCAUCUUUAUCGACGAAAUCGACUCGAUUGCACCCAAGCGUGAGAAGACCAAUGGUGAAGUCGAACGACGUGUCGUCUCGCAGCUGUUGACUCUCAUGGACGGCAUGAAGGCUCGUUCCAAUGUUGUCGUGAUGGCAGCCACCAACCGACCCAAUUCCAUUGACCCUGCCCUCCGACGCUUCGGUCGCUUCGAUCGUGAAGUUGAUAUUGGUAUCCCCGAUCCAACAGGUCGUCUCGAGAUUCUACAGAUUCACACAAAGAACAUGAAGCUUAGUGAGGAUGUUGAUCUCCCCACGAUAGCUGGCGAGACCCACGGUUAUGUCGGUUCUGAUCUUGCAUCCCUCUGCUCCGAGGCCGCCAUGCAACAGAUUCGUGAGAAGAUGGAUCUAAUCGAUCUGGAUGAGGACACCAUCGAUGCCGAGGUACUAGACUCGCUAGGUGUGACCAUGGACAACUUCCGCUUCGCCCUUGGCGUCUCCAACCCGUCUGCUUUGCGCGAAGUCGCCGUUGUCGAAGUUCCGAACGUUCGCUGGGAAGACAUUGGUGGACUUGAAGAUGUCAAGCGCGAGCUCAUCGAGUCCGUUCAGUACCCAGUUGAUCAUCCCGAGAAGUUCCUCAAAUUUGGUCUAUCGCCAUCACGUGGCGUGCUGUUCUAUGGUCCACCAGGUACUGGUAAGACCUUGCUCGCCAAGGCCGUUGCCAACGAAUGUGCCGCCAAUUUCAUCUCGGUCAAGGGUCCCGAGUUGCUCUCCAUGUGGUUCGGUGAGUCCGAAUCCAACAUUCGUGAUAUCUUCGACAAGGCUCGUGCAGCUGCUCCAUGUGUGGUCUUCCUUGAUGAGUUGGAUUCCAUCGCCAAGUCUCGCGGUGGCUCUGUUGGUGACGCCGGCGGUGCCUCUGACCGUGUCGUCAAUCAGCUUCUGACUGAAAUGGACGGUAUGACAUCAAAGAAGAAUGUCUUCGUCAUCGGCGCAACCAAUCGACCAGAGCAGCUCGACAACGCUUUGUGCCGUCCGGGCCGUCUUGACACCCUGGUCUACGUUCCCCUUCCUGAUGAAGCUUCUCGCGUUAGCAUCCUCAAAGCUCAGCUGCGCAAGACACCCGUCGCCCCAGAUGUUGAUCUAGAGGCCAUCGCUAAGGCUACGCAUGGCUUUUCGGGUGCUGAUUUGGGUUUCAUCACCCAGCGUGCUGCCAAACUCGCCAUUAAGGAGUCCAUCGCUUUGGAGAUCCAGCGUGCGAAGGAACGCGAGGCCGCGGGCGAAGAUGCUAUGGACGAGGAUCCCGAUGCUGCAGAUCCCGUUGCUGAGCUUACAAAAGCACACUUCGAGGAGGCAAUGCGCCAAGCAAGACGUUCAGUUACGGAUGUCGAGAUCAGGCGGUACGAAGCUUUCGCUCAAUCUAUGAAGAACGCUGGACCAGGCAGCUUCUUCCGCUUCCCGGAUGCAGCAAACACAGCGGCAGGAACAAACGGCGAUGGGCAGCAAUUUGGAGAUGGUGGUGCUGACGAUGAUCUUUACAACUAAAGUUCCCUCUAAUUUGUAAGAUCCAAGACAUUAUAAGCUGCAUGGUUAAUGCAUGGGAAACGAUCGGAAGAUUCUGUAACUGCUUCCCAAAAACGUUCUGACAAGCUCGUUCAUGUACGAAAGGAAGGGGAUUACUGCCUACUGUUGAAGGGUUUCUCCACGAUUGGCGUUAUCUCAUGGAGAGUACUGUAAGCAUUCUAGCACGUGACGGGGGGAUUUGGUCUCCUCAAUUCAAUAGACUGGGUUUCUACUUACAUUCAUUAACGCCCCACUGCGACGCAUGAUUCGGAUAACGAAGAUACAUCAAAUAUCUCCCUUGGGAGUUCCAUAAG